GCGCCCAACAGAAAUAACAUUCACGGUCCCUGAGUACUCCUGCCACAAACUAUCUCAGAUUUAUGCCAUUUGGCAGUCUAUGAAGCUUUUAUGAGUACCAGAAUUCAUUCUAUGAAGUUCUAAUCAUAAGUAUUUAAAAGGGAAAUUACCAGCUCCUUCCUCAUCUUCACCCAUCACUCUGCCCAUCAACGCGUCACAUCCUCUUCAGCUAGACAACACAUUUCACAUUGCAGCCUAUGAACAGUACAGAUAUGGCUUCAUCUUCUGCUUCUACAUCUUAUUCCACGGACCCUGCUCUUUACUUGUAUACGUCGUUGACUUCUGGCUCAUCGCAUAUUGUUACUGCUACAUCCAGAUUAGAGACCAUUUUAAAAGCAAACAGAAUCCCUUUCAAGGCAGUUGACAUUGCGACAGAUGAAAAGGCACGAAUGCUAUGGGGUCGCAGAGCUGGUAAAGAUGAAUCAGGGCGUGCUAGAAAAAUUCCUGGCCUGGUCCAAAUGGGACUCGUUCUUGGUGUAUGUUAGAAGUCCAACAUACAGGAUAUGGCUAACAGUGUCAGGAUCUCGUCGAGGUUGAGGACUGGAACGAGUACGGCGAAUUAAAGCAACAUAUAAAGAUUGUGCCUGUAUCAGGUCCGGGUGCGAAUCCAGCCAUCCAAGCAAAGGUCCCAACAAAUACUCAAGAGAAUAACAAGCCUGCUGUUGCUCCUGCUGCUCCUCCUGCUUCGGCAUCCAAAUCUGUCGGAUCUAAACCUCCUUCUGGGACUGCCGAGGCGACUAUCACAUUAGCCAUGCGACAAGCAACUCAAGAAGCGGCACAGAAGGCAAAAGACUUGAGCAAGAAAGCCACAGAAUUAUUGACUAGUACUACCCAAUCCGAAUCCAAGAAAGCACCCGAGCCUGUUGUGCCAACUGCAACCACCCCUACGCAGAGGCAAACUUUCGCAACAAUCACUAUACUACAGAAUUCCGACAACUCAACCUGGAGCGCUGCACCCUUUUCCGAGUCGACAAUCUCCUAGAAAAUCCACACAUAAAUUGGAGUCUUUGCAAUCGUUAACUACCGCAACUUGGCGACCAAUUGAUAUCGGUCCGCCUAUUAUGAUGCACUGAGGUUUAUCUUUGUCGUUGGUAUCUACGGGAGAGAUUAAGCAAGUCGAUGAAAAGGCAACGAUACCCGAGGAGGAUAAGGACGAAGAAUCAGAUUCGGCCGAAGGAGGAUUGAGGAAUGAUUGGAUUUUCAUACUUGCUGCCUGCUAGAUAUUGUAAUGCAUCUGUUUCAGUGAAUAUUUUUCCUGGUUUCCUCAGGGCUAUUAUUUUCUAUGCAUGACUGAGCGGCUUAGGCUGGUAGUAAUUUUUACCCCUAUUCUUCAAUCUGGGAAUAGUGUUUUGGGCUUUAAUGGGUAAUGUUUCAUUGAAAGCAUUUUCCUUUUUACACGGGGGCUCCGUGCUUGAAUUAUUUAUCAUUCUAGCACUACCUAAACUCAAUUCCAGAUAAAAGUUCUUUUACGCCAGAGACUGUAUCCACCGUACAUGAGUGUUAUUAUGCUUCCUCCAAUGAUGGGUUUUUUCUUGAGCCAAGUAUUUCAUGGAGUGCUGCGAAUAAACUUUACUGAGAGCCAUGUUGC